AAGGCCCUUCCCCUCCUCAUCCCCCUCUCGCCCGGACGGUGGCGGCUGCGGGCGCCAUUGCCAUCUUCCCCUAGCCGCGGGAGGAGUCACAGGUCAGGGUUCCCGGAGCACCGGGCGUGGUCGGGCCUAGGUCUCCAGCCCCAAGAUACGCGGGCAGAGAAGGCCGAGAGGACCGCGGGGGAACGGGCUGAGCGGCGGCCACGGGGCCCCAGGCCCUUGUGCCGGAUAGCCCGGGGUCUCAGUCCCUGCUUAGCCCCCGGCCCGGCUCCGGCCCGACGCCGUGGGGGCGUGCACGCCCGGGGAAGGGGCCACCUCGCAGCGCGGGACCGUGUUCCCCUCGCCGCGCCCCCGCGGGGGCCAAGCGCGUGCCCGGGGCAGGAUGGAGGCGGGCGCGCGCGCCGGCUGCGGCGGGGGCUCCUCCGGAGGUUCCGCGGCGGCCGCGGCGGUGGCGGCGCAGUCCCGCGAAUACAAGCUGGUGAUGCUGGGCGCCGGGGGCGUGGGCAAGAGCGCGAUGACCAUGCAGUUUAUCAGCCAUCGAUUCCCCGAAGAUCACGACCCCACCAUCGAAGAUGCAUAUAAAAUCCGAAUUCGUAUUGAUGAUGAACCUGCUAAUCUGGAUAUAUUGGAUACAGCUGGACAGGCAGAGUUCACAGCCAUGAGGGACCAGUAUAUGAGGGCAGGUGAAGGAUUUAUCAUUUGUUACUCCAUUACGGACCGUCGAAGUUUCCAUGAAGUUCGGGAAUUUAAGCAACUGAUCUACCGAGUUCGACGGACAGAUGACACGCCCGUGGUACUGGUGGGGAACAAGUCUGACUUGAGACAGCUGCGCCAAGUCACCAAGGAAGAAGGCAUGGCUUUGGCCCGGGAAUUCGGUUGCCCCUUUUUUGAAACUUCAGCCGCCUACCGCUACUACAUCGAUGACGUGUUCCAUGCCCUCGUGAGGGAGAUCCGCAGGAAGGAGAAGGAGGCCGUGCUGGCCAUGGAAAAGAAGUCGAAACCCAAAAGCAGCGUGUGGAAAAGACUCAAGUCACCUUUUCGAAAGAAAAAAGAUUCGGUGACUUGAAGGGGCAAGUUAGAACGUUUGUACCUGGGAGCUGCAGCACACAGCCAGAGCAGUCCAGUGACCCACGGAACUUGCUCCUCCUCCUGUUUGGACCAUUGUUUUUGAAAUAAGGCAGAGAUGAAGGGCCGUCCCUACUGGGGUUUCCCAGUGAGGGGGUAUUUAGAGUAAUGUCUCCUAGUUUUCAGGUUUAGGAGCCCAGUGGGACAGUGCCUCCAUUUUUGUUUUAAAUUGCCCCUUUUGAGUUUAACCCAUAAGUAAUCUGAACUCAGGUGCUGGUGUAAAUAUGUUCAGUUACACCCAGGGUGGGGUGCAGGUCCUUGCGGGAGCUGCCCAAGUUCCCAGAGUCGUUCUUCUGCCCUGCAAUCUGUAUUGUCUUUCAACUUUCAGUUCCUGGGGUUGCCCCAAAGGAGGGACUUUUGUCUUUCUUGUUCACUCUUUGCUUUCUAAAGGCAGAGCAGAAAGCUGGCCCAACCAGGAACCUGUUCAAGUGAGUGCUAAAGGUCAUCAGGUGGUUGAGGAGCUGAGAGUGGGGCUGGUGAGGCCAUUAGGAGCAGGCCCUGUCUGGGCUGGGAGCUGUGAGUGGCCGUGAGAGCCCCACAGCAGGCCUAGUUCCCAGGAUAGGGAGCACAAAUCAGACCCAGCGGGGCCUCCUCCUAGGCCUCUAAUUUGCUUGGUUUGCACAGCUUUGCAUUUCCUUAGUUUCACUGAGGUUAGUACUAUAGGAACCGUCAGAGGAUUGCUGAUCCCUUCAUUAUAUAAAUCCUCAAACAACUUGCCAUCAUCUUGGUUAAAAUAAUUUUUAAAAAGAUUUUUUUUUCCAGAGGCACAUAGACCAGUCCAUUGAUUUGCCUUGCUGCUAGCUCCUGCCUCCCCUUUUUAAAAAAUCCCCCCACUGCUCUCUAAAAAUACAGUAACACUGCCUCAGGGAGGAGCAAGAUCUAGGAAAACAAUAUUUUAUGCUCUUCUGCACACUGUUUAGAUCAGGUGAAGUUAUGUGUGCCUUCUGGAUAUCCAGAACCACUAGGCUUGGUGCUUUAAAAUCAAUGACUAUAACAUUUAGAUUUUACCAAGUUGUCAUGGGGGGGGGGGGGGGGAAGGGAAAGAAGCAUUUAAAAAAUUAAAUUCCUUGUUUAUCCUUGAAUUUACAAAUGAAAUGCUUGCCCAUGCUGAAAUGCCAUCAGUGAUGUUGAGUUCUCUGUGUUGUCAGUAUCCUUUUGACAAGAGCUUGGAAUGUAUAGAGAUGGGAUGCAAAAAUGCUCAAAGUAAUUCAUACUUGCCAGAAAAAAAGUUUUGACAUUGUAUCCACUUUUCUUUGCUUUGACCUUUGAGAAGAUGACUUUGUAUUCAUAUAAGCACUUUGUUAAAUAGAAUUAAAAUCCUUGGUUUCACCCUUCCUUACAGUACAAAUACAGGAGAGGACAGAGUCAGUUUGUUUCCCCUUAUGGAUUUGAAGAAAAGUUUGUGUUUUAUUUGGAUAUUGCUUCUGGAUAAACCAUGUGCUGCAGUAUUCAAGACAAGCAAGAAAGUAUGACCCAGAAUUAAUUGAGUUUCAGAGUCCUUUAUGACUUUGGGGUCUAAGGAUAAAUAAAACAGUACAAUAGAGCAGCAUUUCACCUUAUUUUAAAUGUCUUAAGAGAUUAGAGACAUGAGACAUUACAUUGAUUUUGAAGUUAUUUAUGUCAUCCCCAAAACUACUAAUUACCAUAGCCAAAAAUGUUGUUCCAUCAUCCCCUUCAAUAUCCUCCAAAGAGCUGUAAGACAAAGGGGAAUUCUGUGCCAAGAAAUGGGAAAAGUAAAUAGCUGGCUUUUGUUUUUAAGAUUAUCACUGGGUUGUUUUUUUGUUUUUUUUUUUUUUUAAUUUCUGUGGUCAGUCAGCAAAUGUUUAUUAAACUCCUACUCUGGGCAAGGCACUGUGCCAGGUGCUGUGAGGGCUACAAAGCCAAAUAAGGCACAGUCCCAUCUCUCUUCCAAAAGAUUAUUUUCAAGUGUUUAAAUUUACAAUUCAAGAAUUAUCCAGGUUAACUAAUCCUUUCUUUAUCUUGACCUCUCAGGCCUUUUAGCCUAUUGCUUUUAAAAGUUGAAAGUCAGAACAACCAGGCCAGACCAUUAAGUUGCUACAUCUGGUAGGGUUUGCUUUUUGGAAAUGGGAAGGGGGCGUGUCUCAACACGAAACAACUGGUUAAAUCAACAGUAAGUCCUUGUCUGUGAUGAUCAGGAAAAGAAAGAGAAUGCUUAUUCAUUUAUUCACAUAUAUGAAGACAUUAAUUGUACUUGACAAAAUACAGAACUUUUUUAAAAAGAGCCUUAGUUUUCUUUUUAUUUGUUCUAUUUGUGAGUGAAAGGGUUUGAAAGCAUACGGUUCCAUGAUUAAAAAAAAAAAGUACAUUUAAAAAAACCAAUACAUUA